UCAACAUAUCUGCUCAGAGAUCAAUCAAACCUAACAACCUGCUGUCAGAAGUGGGAUAGAUUUCAGAUUGGCAGUAAGAUGUUGACUCCAGUGAUUGUGCUGAUCUCUGUACUCUGCUUCACUUCUGCCACUGAAGUGGGUCUAAAUGGAAAGGUGGUCUUGUUCCCCUCUGAGACGGAUUCCAGUCUUGUUAAACUCUUUCCCCAGAAGUCGAUGGCUCUCUCAGCCUUCACGCUGUGCAUGCAGGUCGGUACUGAGCUGCGGGGCGAGCGGGAGAUUAUCCUCUUUGCUUAUCGCACCAACGACUUUGACGCACUGAACGUGUGGCGUGAGAAGGAUGGCACAUUUGCAUUGUACCUGGCUGGAAAACCCGUCUUCUUUCAUCUCACACCUCUCUCUACAUUUCGUACUCACCUGUGUCUCACCUGGGACUCCAGUACCGGACUCACUGCCUUUCAUGUGAAUGGACGCCGCAGUGUACGACAAGUCUUCAAACUGGGUCACAAGAUCCAGCCAGGUGGCACCGUGCUGCUCGGUCAGGAUCCCGAUACGUACCUGGGCAAAUUUCACAAGACACAGAGUUUUGUGGGUGAGAUCACGGAUGUGAAUAUGUGGGACUUUGUGUUGUCAGAUGCCCAAAUCAAUGCGCUUUAUGCCAACCUGAACCUGCGAGUGCUACGUGGGAACAUCUUCGACUGGAGCUCAGUGCAGUAUGAGACCCGAGGAAACGUCAUGAUAGUGCAGGAUGACUGACUACACACUGACUCACAAGCACACAAGUACACUAAUGUUGGGAGUUUGAUAUAAUUUCAUCAAAUUUUUAUGUAAUUACACAUAAAUAUAC